AUGAAAUCUAUAUUCAAGACGCUUGGUUUGGAAUAUUCAUCCAAGGUGGCUUCCAUGUUUGCUUUAUCGCCAUCCAAAUAUGUAGACCUCUUGUCCUCAACUGGAUCCUCUGCACCAGUAGCAGCUGUUUCCACAACUUCAGCUAGUGCUGCCACCGCUGAAGAAGUACAAGAAGAAGAAUCAGAGGAUGCAGAUAUUGACUUCUAA